GACAUCUAUAGAGGAACCGUGUCCUGUGUAGUUCAAGGAAAGCGUUUAUAUAAAUACAACGUUACGUGUACAGGACGGGCAGGUACAUUAGAUAAGGAAAUAAGAAAGCCCUGUAAUAAAGGCACGAUUGUGUCCUUCGAGCACAUCUUGUAUUCGGUGCAUAACAUAUUCUUUUGGCAAGCUGUUUGGACAUAUAAACCGGUAAACUAUGAUCGUAAGCAAACUGAAUCCAGCCCUGUGCGGCAGAGCUCUUCGCUUCUCUGUAGCAGUCACAGGGGUUCAACGGCACGUCGGCAAACCAGCUCUGAGGAAUGAUCGCUAUUAUGCCAGUCAAGCGGCCGAGGCAGUACUGGAUAAAGCACAGGUGGGAAGCAGUACUGCAGUGAAGGCCAAAGUUGAGAAAGACAUCAAAGCUGUGGAGUCCAAAUCUUUCGCUGUCAACAUGUUUAAGGGCCAGAUAACCACUGAACAGGUCUUCCCCUACCCUUCAGUGAUGAAUGAGGAGCAGACUCAGUUCCUGCGGGAGCUUGUUCCACCAGUUUCAAAAUUCUUCAAUGAGGUAAAUGACCCCAUGAAGAAUGAUGCUCUGGAGAAGGUUGAGGACCACACCAUGGAGGGACUAAAGGAGUUGGGAGCCUUUGGGCUGCAGGUGCCUAUUGAGCUCGGCGGUCUGGGCCUCACCAACACUCAGUAUGCCAGGCUUGUGGAGGUUGUAGGAAUGCACGAUCUUGGUGUUGGAAUCACGCUGGGUGCCCAUCAGUCUAUCGGCUUUAAGGGCAUAUUGCUCUUCGGUAAUCCUCAACAGAAGGAGAAAUACCUGCCAAAACUGGCCUCGGGUGAGACAAUCGCAGCAUUCUGUCUGACAGAACCAGCCAGUGGUUCUGAUGCCGCCUCCAUCAAAACCACAGCCGUGCUCUCUGAGUGUGGUACAUAUUACACCCUCAAUGGCAGCAAAAUCUGGAUCAGUAAUGGUGGGAUUUCUGAGAUCUUCACUGUGUUUGCAAAGACCCCGGUGAAGGAUGAGAAGACUGGAGAGAUGAAGGACAAGAUCACAGCCUUCAUCGUGGAGAGAAGCUUUGGAGGAGUAACACAUGGACCUCCAGAGAAGAAGAUGGGCAUUAAGGCAUCCAACACGGCCGAGGUGUAUUAUGAGAAUGUCCGCGUGCCAGUCGAGAAUGUACUUGGAGAGGUCGGAGGUGGUUUUAAGGUGGCCAUGAACAUCCUUAACAAUGGACGUUUCGGCAUGGCCGCCGCUCUCUCUGGAACCAUGAGGGGAGCUAUUGCUAAAGCGGUUGAUCACGCUGCUAACAGAACUCAGUUUGGAAAUAAGAUCCACACGUAUGGUGCUAUCCAAGAGAAGAUAGCUCGCAUGGCCAUCCUCCACUACGUCACUGAGUCAAUGGCAUACAUGGUCAGUGGAAACAUGGACAGUGGCGCUACAGAGUUCCAGAUCGAGGCCGCCAUCAGCAAGAUUUUUGCCUCUGAGGCAGCAUGGAACGUUACAGAUGAAUGCAUCCAAGUAAUGGGAGGAAUGGGCUUUAUGAAGGAUGCUGGUGUCGAGAGGAUAAUGAGGGAUCUGAGAAUCUUCAGGAUCUUCGAAGGGACCAAUGAUAUUCUGCGAUUGUUUGUUGCUCUCAAUGGCUUCCAGAAUGCAGGAAACCAUCUGAAGAAUCUGCAGAAAGCUUUGAAGAACCCGCUCGGCAAUGUUGGACUGCUCACAGGGGAGAUCACCAAAAGAGCCAAGAGGAGAGCGGGUCUUGGGACUGGGCUGAGUCUGUCUGGAUCGGUUCACCCAGAGUUGGCUCAUAGUGGAGAUCUGGCGGUCAAAGCUUUAGAGCACUUUGGUGGUACUGUGGAGGAGCUUCUACUAAAACACGGCAAAAAGAUAAUCGAUGAACAGUUUGUAUUGAAAAGAGUUGCAGACAGUGCCAUCGACCUGUACACCAUGGUCGUAGUUCUGUCCAGGGCGUCCCGUUCACUCAGUCAAGGCCUCCCGUCUGCCCAGCUUGAGAAGAUAAUGUGUGAAACCUGGUGUGUGGAGGCACAUGACAGAAUCAUGCAGAACGUCAAGGAUCUUAAGUCUAGCUCCAGCAGAAAGCUCUUCAAUAACUUGAGAGAUGUCUCCACUUCCUUGGUGGAAAACGGAGGAGUUGUGUCUCCUCAUCCUCUUGGUUUCUAAAUACGCACAACUUGUUUUUCAUUCACUUUAAGCCUGUUGUAUAGUGACUGUAUUGCAUGAAAUGUAAGCUCUGUCAUAAUCAUAAUGGAGAUCACUUGAACCCCAGAACAAAAUUGAUAUAUACUUUGUCACAGUUUUUGGGUGGUAGUUGUGCUAGAUAAUGUGAUAAAGAUCACAUGAAUUAUGUUAGAAAUGUAUUUAAGCGCAUAUCACAGUGCCGUCUUUAGACUAUGUCCAAUGCAAUACACUGUAAAUGUAUUAAUGGAGGGCAACAUUUGGUCUAAUAUUUUUACUCGGCUGUUUGUAGAUAAACUCCAUCCUCUGCA